CCCAGAAAAAUAUCAUUUGGUGAUUUUUAGGGUCGGUAAACAAGUCUUUAAAGCCUCCCGGACGUAGCGGACCAACCGUCAGAAGAUGGUGGACGUGGGACCCAUUAAGAAAGAUGGCAGUCGGGGUGUUACAACUGAUUUCAGAGCUGAAUCCAGAUGAAUGUGAGGUAAAGAGAGCUCACACCGCCGGAGCUGACGGUCUUCAUGCACAACGAGGACGUUGCGAUCUGUUAGUGGGGGUGAAUUGUAACACCCCGGUUUAAGGGAUAUGGUGGUGCCUGCGGAGAGGUAGAAAAGAAUUGAUUUGGCCACCUAUGACAUCAAAGUGCACUUAUCUUUUCGGUCAACUGUUUUAAAAGAAUUCCACAGUUAAGUGUGCUUAAGCAAAGAAAUUUUCAGGAUGGGUGACCUUCCGAGAAGUGAUUGUCGGAAUUGUGUGUGUGAGUGAGGACAAAACACAGGGAAUGAUGAUGUGGUGAUUUGUAGAAUCGGUAAACAAGUCUUUAAAGCCCCCCGGACGUAAAAGACCAACCAUCAAAAAAUGGUAAGUCCACUAGCCGAGAAAAGAUGUUGGACCUAUUAAGAGAGAUAACGGUCGGGACGUUACAAAUUUUUUGCUCUAAGGGAUUUCAUAUAUAACUAAGCCCAAGUCCAAUAAAAAAAAUUAAAAGAGCAUUGGGACAAUCACAUUUAAAAACAACUGAGGAGAGAGCUCAUGUACUAGAGGAGAUAGUACAAGUUUGAUAACGAUCGAUCAAAUUGGAGAUUUGGAGGUUUAUGUGCUACGUGUGAAGGAGACGACUCCGUUUAAAGUAAGAGUUUCUCGAAGCCUUUCAGAGAGAUAUAUAGGGUUUACUCUCAACUCUCAACUCUCAACUCUCAACUCUCAAGUCUGUUGAAGCCAAUGUCACGUGGAAGGCACGUGAGUGUUAAGUUGUCGUUGUAAAAACAGAAGAGAGGAUAAGGUCGAUUCUAUUAGGAAUAUUUGGGAAACUAAUACGUUUUCGAAAGAUAAUAGGAAAAGCAGUACAAACACUAUUUAUAAUUGGCAACAUCCCAUGUUUCACUGUGCUGUCCUGUUUUGAAGACAAUGUAACCCUCAUAUAUUUCUUAUAUUUACAUUAAUGCCAUCAACAUACUUUAAGCAUUAAAAAUAAAUUAAAAAAAUGUUUUUUUUUGCUCCUUCUUUCUCGCCUCAUCUUCUCCAUCGAUUUUCAAUUUCAUCUUCUUUCUCUCCUCAUCUUCUUUUUUCCAAGUCUGAGAAUUUUCUACAGGAAUAAAAAUCUGAUUUUCUCGAUGAAAUAGUUUCGAUUCUGCAUCUCUAUUUGAGGAUGCCAGCUAAAAAAAACUCACUUUUCUGUGAAUCGUUUCUGUUCGAAUCUCUCCGCCGCCGAGAAAAAGUCAUCAAGCUCUGCCUGCAUCGGUGCUUUUUCCAUCAUAUUCUCCGUCUUUCUUUGAUCUCUCCUCUCCGUCGUCGCCAGCAAGAAUAAACCACCAUUUUUUCUCUCUCUCUCUCUCUCCUCGCCAGCUUCUACAAUUCGAAAGUUCUUCGCAUCUUGCUGUCAUCACUCUCUCGCGAAUCGAAUCACGAUUCAUAAUCUUCUUCAUCUCUAUUGCGAUCUCUCUGAAAUUUGUGGCUUCAUGAUUUCAAAAUCUCUACUUGCAUCACCAAUCGUUGUGGGUGAGGGGUUUUGUAUCGACGACAUCUAUAGCUCCGGAGAAGCAUACUCGUCUUCGAUGUUCUUCUUCUUCGUUUUGAUUUUCAGAUUUGUUUAACUCGGCCGCUGCGUUGACUUAAUAUUCUUGAGAGAGAGAGAGAGAGAGAGAGAGAGAGAGAGAGAGAGAGAGGAGAAUUAAGAGACUCAGAAUCAGUCAGACUCGGGAUCUUUCUCGGCAAUGCGACGCUUGUUCACCGCGAAAUCCCUCUCCAGAGAGGAACCAACCUUUUUAUCAUUCUCUUCUUCUUCGGCGACGCGUUUCCACAAAGCUCUUCUUCUUCGCUCUCGUCUUCCUCUCCGUUCAGAUCCAAGACAUGUCCGCUAAUUCUCAUCCUCCUAAUUCCAAAAAUGUCCUCUGCAAUGCAGCCGCCGGUGCCGCCGCUGGUAAUUCUCUCAUCUGCUUCUUUCGAAACUUUAUCUUGAUUUUGUUUUGGUUUAUUAAAGUUUCAAAAUUUCUGAUAGGGGUUGUUGCGGCUACGUUUGUGUGUCCUCUUGAUGUUAUAAAAACGAGGUUUCAGGUUCAUGGGCUACCAAAGCUCGGCGAUGCAAACAUCAAAGGUAGUCUAAUUGUUGGCAGUCUUGAGCAGAUCUUCAAGAGAGAAGGGAUGCAUGGCUUAUACUGCGGACUUUCCCCAACUGUGAUGGCUCUUCUCUCCAAUUGGGUAAUUUAUUUUACAAUGUAUGACCAGCUCAAGAGCUUUCUUUGUUCAAAUGAUCACAAACUCAGCGUUGGUGCUAACGUAUUGGCUGCUUCUGGAGCUGGAGCUGCAUCUAAUUAAAUGAUGAAUUUGUGGAAUUGAAACGUUAAGGCAUUGGAGAAUGGAGAUUUGGAGAAUGGAGAUUUGUUCAUCUCUUGGGAAGCUGAGUCAGACGAAAAGGCUUAUCCACAUUUGGGACUAAUGGGAGAAGUGAUAAGAUCCAAGGAAGAACGAACUUUGAGCAUAGUAGCAAUGAAGUUAUAAUUGUCAUCUGCCAAACAGUUAAACUUCUGUGUUUGUAGCAAUUAAUUAAAAACAUGGGUUUAAAUUAAAUUAAUCAACAAUUAAGGGUAGGUUAAGUUGAAACCGAAAAUGACUAUGACCGGGGUUGUGGUUUAGAAGACCGCCACGUAUAGUGUCUCAGAGACUUCGAAAAGAUCCACCAUUCCUGCUUGUUGUUACGAAAUCAAAUCAUUGAGUUUUGAAGUUAAAAGAGUUCGUGGAGAGGACAAACUCGCAACAAAUUAAUUUAUUUAUCCGACGAAUUUUCAUCAAUUUUCCUCUCCAUGUCCAACAUUGAAUUGUAUGUAGUUGGAGAUAAUCGUAAGAUACGAAUAAAGAAGUGAUUGAUGGGAUGAAGAUAAUGCUAAUCUGAAUUUCUGCAUAAAUGAGUAUGUUUAUACAUAUUCAGUCUAUCAAAAUUACCCACUCAUACCAAAUGUUUCCUAUCUUAUUUUGUAAUUUUGUUAGAAGCAUAAUAUUGUAAUAGCCUAAAGAAAAUAAUAUCGACUACAUCAUUCUACAAAAUUCGAAGAAACCCAACCGUGUAAGAAUUAAUGGCGUAGAAGUUAUACUAAGUGAAAGAAAAAUCCCCUAAAAAGUUAAAAUGAAUACAAACAAAAACAAGGAUUAAAGGAUAAGAAGAGAAAUGAGGUUCACCAGUAAACUCAAUCAACUGAAUACUAAUAAACUCCGAUACAUCGGAAGUUUAUCAACAGAAAAAGAGAGAGAAUGAAGAAGCUAUAACAAACUUUAUUCAACGUAAAACUCUGUUUACAAAAACUUGACUCACUAAUCUCAACGUCAUUCAACAGUGAUCUCAAUCGUGUCGGUGGUCCAACCAACUGUACAGUGGUCUAUAUCUAUAUCUAUAUAUGUAUCUGUACAGUGGUCUAUAUCUGUAUCUGUACAAUGAUCUAUAUUUGUAUCUGUACAGUGGUCUUUUGUACAAUGGUCUAUAUAUGUACAGUGGUCUAUAUCUGUACAGUGGUCUAUAUCUGUACAGUGGUUUAUAUCUAUAUAUGUACAGUGGUCUUCUGUACAGUGGUUUUCUGUACAGUGGUCUUCUGUACAGUGGUCUUCUGUACAGUGGUUUUCUGUACAGUGGUCUAUAUCUAUUUGUACAGUGGUUUUCUGUACAUUGGCUAUAUCUGUACAGUGGUCUAUAUCUAUAUCUAUAUUUGUAUCUGUACAGUGGUCUAUAUCUGUAUCUGUACAUUGGUCUUUUGUACAAUGGUCUAUAUCUGUACAGUGGUCUUCUGUACAGUGGUCUAUAUCUGUACAGUGGUCUUCUGUACAGUGGUCUUCCGUACAGUGGUCUUCCGUACAGUGGUCUUCUGUAUAGUGGUCUAUAUCUGUACAGUGGUCUA